AUGAGUGAGAACGCAACCAACCAAACAAAAUCACCAGGAAAAUUCGUCAUGCAGCAUGUGUGGAAGACAGGAGGCACCGAGCUUUGUCGACUGGCAAGAGCGAAUGGCUGGAAAGUGCCGGAAACACCAGGAUGCACCAUUUUCAUUCAUCCCCAUCAAGGUUGGCCAGAAGAGGAUUAUGAUAUGUAUGGCAAUGAAGGGGCAAUCCCCAGCGGCAUUGUAGAUAACGAAUUCUUCCCUCGGAACGAAUUCGCAACAAGAAAUCACAACUGGAAAACAGCCCAUGGUGUCAAAUGGAUCACUACAUUGCGGCAUCCAUACGCUCGCACACUCAGCCACUACAAUCAUGUCAAGCUCCAGGCCAAAUUCCAAAACUUGACGUUCGAAGAGUUCUUGGUGGAGCGUGGUGGUGGCUUUGAACACUUUAUCGACAAUCAACAGACUCGUUGGCAUUGUGGCACAGGUCACUGUGCCAAUACUAAAUUUCAAGUCAACGAAGAAAAACUAAGCCACGCCAUAUCCAACCUCGACAAAAUGUCGGCUGUGCUGCUUCUAGAAGGCAUGAAAGACCCCACUUCGUGCACUCGUCGACAAAUGAGACACGUCCUUCAAUUCAAAAAUGAAACGUUGGAUGGACAGGCCGAGCCAGAUCUGACCCCAAAGACGCGACAUUCUUCCAAAACUGAUUGGGAACAGGUUGUCCGACCCUUUCUGGACAAUCGGGGCAUUUCCACCAAUUCUUCCGUCAAUGGCUUCAACACUAGUGUCAUCAUGAGCGCUUUGGGAUUUCACAACAGCUAUGACAUGCAGCUGUAUGGAUAUGCACGUCACUUGUGUGAAGUUCUAGCAGACCAAUAUGACCAGGAGGCCAAUACCAACGCAAUCACUAACCAGCUAAACAGAUGA